AUGCCUGCGGCCUUCAAGCGGAAGCGCGACGUCGAAGAGCUAUUCAUGUUUCUUGGUACAAGCAUGUACUUCACAGCUGUGAUUCUCCGUGACCUUAAGCGGCUGCGUUGGGAGGCUCCGAAGCACGAUGACGACAACGACAACGACCCCGACUCCGAGAAUGCUGAAGAUGUCGAAGAAGACACAUUCCUGCUGCCACUUGGCUGUCAAUCACCUGUUGAAGACGCUCUCAUCUGCACCUCACUUGUUAUGAUCAGCACCGCAGCCGCAAUCAUAGGCAACUCAUCACGAGGUCGAUACAACCAGAUCCCCCGUUGCCGGGAAUUCUUUCCGAACUCCUCGCUCGGGACCCAAUCUUCCAGUCGACUGGCCGAAAGCCUCAACGUCCCAUCCCCUUUCAGCUGGCAGCAUUCCUCAUUCGGUACAGUCAACGUGGUGGUGAUGCAAUGCUCGCAUCAAAGCUGCUCGCAAUUGGAGCUGGAACUGUCUAUGAUUACUGCAAGAGGGUCGCUCGGGCUCUUCGGAAGCUUGGAAGGCAAGGCUUGCUUCAGUGGCCCCGUGGUGAACAACGUGAAGUCAUCUCCUCGUACAUACAAGAACACUAUGGCUUUCAGCACUGCAUUGGCAUCGUGGACGGAUCCUUGA